AUGAUCUCCGGUAACCGCAAUCUCCCAAAAAACAAAUCAAACCGAAUCGUGUCAAUCCUGGGGCUCUUCGAACUAUCCGUGGGGGAUUCACCGAGAGCUGACGGCAUAUCGGAGCUAUCAGCAGCCAGGCUAGCAGUAGACCAUGUCAACAAGAGAGGUCUUCUACCUGGAUAUAAACUACACCUUAUUACCAAUGACACCAAGUGCGAUCCAGGUGUGGGUGUGGACCGUUUCUUCCACGCUCUCUACACAGAGCGAGACUCCAGGAUGGUGAUGCUACUGGGAACAGCAUGCUCGGAGGUCACUGAGAGCAUCGCCAAGAUUGUGCCGUACUGGAACAUAGUGCAGGUUUCCUUCGGCUCCACUUCACCAGCGCUCAGCGAUAGAACGGAGUUCCCGCUGUUCUGCCGCACCGUGGCUCCUGACUCCUCUCACAACCCAGCGCGGAUAGCUUUCAUCAGACAGUUCGGUUGGGACACAGUGACAGCAUUCUCUCAAAACGAGGAGAUAUAUUCCCUGGCUGUCAAUGAGCUGGUGACGCAACUGGAGGCGGCCAAUAUCACCUGCGCGGCCUCCAUCACCUUCGCGGAAACUGACUUCAAGGAACAGCUGCAGCAAUUGAAAGAGCUGGACACCCGCAUCAUCAUUGGCAGUUUCUCCCAAGAGAUGAUCCCGAAGAUAUUUUGUGAGGCGUUUAGAUUAGGGAUGUUCGGGGCUGAGUAUGCGUGGCUGGUCUCCGGUAUGCCUCCGCGGAUCCGUACUGCGGCACCGUGUGCGCGUGCACAGCUGGCUCGUGCUUUAGAAGGACUCGUGACUGUCACUGCGCAUAGAGGGAUUGUUGGCGACACAGAAUCUUAUUCGGGCCUGACGAACGAAAUGUUCCACCGAGAAAUGGAGGCAGCUGGGGUGCCUGUGUCUCCUUAUGCUCCCCAAACUUACGACGCAGUGUGGGCUAUAGCCUUAGCUCUCACCAAAUCGGAACAGUUAUGGAGAACAUUGGGCCCUGGGCAGAAUAAUGGAACAAACAUCACCAGACUUGGACUUAGCCACUUUGAUUAUGACAGACAGGAUAUGGCGAAGGAGUUCUUGGAUCAGAUAGCUAACCUCAGUUUUGUUGGAGUGUCGGGACCAGUAUCGUUUAAUGGAGCUGACAGAAUAGGGACAUCUGCAUUUUAUCAGAUUCAAGGGGGAAGACCAAAAACAGUGGCCCUAUAUACCCAUGGGCGAGAAAUGACCUGUACCGAAUGCACCAAACCUCAAUGGGCUGGAGGCAUACCCGCUGCAAGAAGAUUGCUAGUCCUGAGAGUGGACUCAGUGUGGGCACCUGCUAGAUUAGCGGUAGCGGCGCUGGCAGCUUUAGGAGUGGCCUUGGCUUUGGCAUUCCUAGUUUUUAAUUUACAUUACAGCAAACGACGGUCAAUAAAGCUGUCAUCUCCUCGACUAAAUAACAUGACUCUGAUUGGCUGUGCGUUGGUUUACACUGCAGUGGCACUUCUGGGUGUAGACAACGCGACGUUACCCUCCUAUGUACCGUUUUCAGCCAUGUGUACUAUGUUGAAUACUUACAAAGUCCGUCUUCUGCUAAAUCCAUUUCCACCUUGCAGUAACCGCAGCGGAGUUUGCAAGACCAAACUUCUUCAAGACACACCGCUUAUCUCGCUAGUCUGCGCAUUGCUGGUGAUCGACGGCAUGAUAGUAACUCUUUGGGCUAUGCUCGAUCCAAUGGAAAGACAUCUAAAGAACUUGACCACGGAGAUAAGCGCCACAGAUAGAGGAGUCAUCUAUCAACCUCAGAUAGAAGUGUGCAAAUCACAAAACACGACAGGUUGGCUCUGCGCUCUUUACGCCUACAAGGGCUUACUCCUCAUCGUCGGAGUCUAUAUGGCCUGGGAGACGAGGAACGUCAAGAUAUCGGCUCUAAACGACUCUAAAUAUAUCGGCAUCAGCGUGUACUCCGUGGUCAUCACAAGCGCUAGUGUUGUCGUAAUAGGAACCAUUAUUUCUGAACGGGCAACUUUAGCUUACAUAUCUAUAACUAGUUUGAUAUUGAUUACGACAACGUCUACGCUAUGUCUGUUGUUCUUACCUAAGAUUGUAGCUAUAAGAACAAAAUCUGAAGACGACCCUGUGAUACAGAGCUUAGGAUUGAGAUUAGAAUGUAAGACCAGAAGAUUCGUUACGGAUGAAACGCAAGAACUGCACUUUAGGAUAGAAAUCCAGAACAAAGUGUAUAGAAGAGAGGUGGCAGCACUGGACAAGGAGAUUGGGCGGCUGGAAAAAUUGUUAGCUGAGCCUCUGGAUUCUGGUAGUGGAUCUAGUGCGUCUAUUGUAUUGCAUAGGAGGACUGAACUCAACACCGUAGAUGAAGAAGGAAUAACCCGUGCUAAUGUCGACCGACGCACACCAAGCGUAAGCGGCGGUCUCCCCAUGCUACUUCUGUCAGUUCUUCCUCCAGUCAUUCCUAGAGCAAGUUGGCCAUCCGCUGAAGCCUAUCGAGGGAGAAACUCAGUUAGUUUUAGCUCUCAGCCAAAACUCAACUAUCGGAAAUCCCAACCAGCUAUUGAUUUAUACAAUCUUUGCUUAAACAAAAGAGAAGAACAUACAGGUUUACUUAGCAGACUAAAAAGCUUCUUUGGCAGUAGACCUUCAAGUAGGAAAGCAUCUACAAUGUCUAUAGCAGACCCAAGCGGUCAAAGUAUUGCAUCAGCAUUAAAAAUGCAUGUCGGCAUGAUAGCUGGUCUCGUUCCUGGCAAUAGGAAACACUCUAUGGUCUUAUCGUGCAAUACUCUUCAUGUUCCACACCCAGAGUUGAAGUUAAGAAGAGAAUCUUAUGCGAAAAGUGGGCCAAUAAUUCGAGUGACGGAUGAUGAACCUUCGUGUUCCUAUGACCCACAGCCUUUAGGUCCUCAGAAAUAUAUUGCUGAACCGGAGACAAAGGUCAACUUCGUUUUGCCGACUACUCAUAAAAGCUCAAUGUCUCAUCAAAAUUCCAGCGAAAGGAUUAAAGGUUCUCCGAGAUUUCCUCAUAGAAUAUCUCCAUCUGCUGGCAAUAGUCUCACUACGCUGGAUACGAAGAGGAAAGCCAGCGCUGACUGUGUUUUUAGUAUGACUGCAAGGGUUUUUGAAGAGCAACGAAGGUAUAGCCAUCAAAACGUGAACCAAGAUUGUAGAGGCAAGUCCAUAUUGGAAAGCAGAUGGAAGUCUACUGAGGAUGCGAGACCUGGUCCGUCAACGUCGAGGGAUUAG